UUGAUUACAGUGGAGAACAGAGGACCAGAUCAGUGGAAACUGGGAAGAGAGAGAGAGAGAGAGAGCUGGAGCUUAGAGAGAGUGAGGUCGGGAAAUGGACCACAACGGCGGCGGCGGGAAUAGGGCGGAGGCGUUGCGGUGGUUGAGCAUAGCGGAGAAGCUUUUGGCGGCGCGUGACUUCUAUGGAACUAGGAGCUUUGCGAUCCGGGCGAGGGAAUCGGACCCGAUAGUGCUGGAGGCGGCGGACAGGGUAAUCGCCGUUGCGGACACACUGCUGGCGGCGGAAGGACGGAUCAAUAAUCAGUAUGACUGGUAUAGUAUUUUGCAAAUUUCGCAGCCGACUCAGAGCAUUGAGCUAAUCGCUACUCAGUAUCGGCGACUGGCACUUCUUCUUCAUCCGGAGGCUAAUAGAGUUGCGUUUGCGGAUCAUGCUUUCAGGCUUGUCUCUGAUGCAUGGUGUGUGCUUUCGAAUCCUUUGAGAAAAGCUUUGUAUGAUAAUGAUUAUCUUAUGUGCUCUAAGUUUAGCUCUGGAACGACUGGGUCGAGUCAAAAACCGAAGUCCCCGCCGCAGCAGCCUCAAUUUCCGCAGCCUGUUAGAACUAGUCCGAGGAAAGAGACUAGGAUGACGGUAGAGGAGCCUCAGCAUCAGGAACGGCCACCGCCACCGCCACCGCCGGAACGUCCGCAGCCGCCACCGCCACCGCCACCGCCACAGCCACAGCCACAGCCACAGCCACAGCCACAGCCACAGCCACAGCCACAGCCACAGCCACAGCCACAGCCACAGCCACAGCCACCACCUCCUCAACCGUCUCCUCACCGGCCACAGCAGCAGGAGGAUCCGCAGCCGCAGCAGCAGCAGCAGCAAUUUGUAAGAAAACCCCCCAAAUCGAUGAAUGCUAAAGUAACCGUAGAAGAAGAGAGGCCAAAUGUCAGUGAUGUCAAUGAGUCAACUCAGGAAGCUACUCAGCAGCACAUUGAUUCCAAUCAUCCUUCACGGGAGGCUGAGUCUACUUUACCGACUGCGUCCACUUUGCCGACUGAGUCGAGCAUUCCGAGUUUCUGGACUGCUUGUCCAUACUGUUAUAAUCUCUACGAAUACCCUAAGGGUUAUGAGGAUUGUGUGCUUAGGUGCCAGAAUUGUGCCAAGGCAUUUCAAGCACUGGUUAUUCCUUCACCACCAGUAGCUGAUAGUGCUUCUACCUUCUGUUGCUGGGGGUUUUUCCCACUUGGGGUUUCUCCCAAUGCUAAAGGGGCAGUGGGUUCUGUAGCCUGGUCGCCCUUUUCAGCUAUGUUUUCCUGUCCUUUGCCUGGUAAGGUGGGAACAAAACCGGGGAAAACUAGAAAUGUUAAACCCGCCAAGAAAUCUACACCAAGAUUUAUUUGUGAAGAGGAUGAUAUUUAUGUCGAAGUUUCAGAACCGAGUGAUAGUUCUGAUGAAGAGUGGGGAAGAAUAAGUAAGAAGAAGAAGCCUAAGAGGGGUUUGGCUUAUAGAAUUGAUAAGAGAGCGCAAUCUGAGAGCUCACUGAAAGGGAACCAAGGAAAUGUAGGGAAUGGAAAUACAGAUGAAGUUGAGAAUAUGAAUGGGCCGUUUGGAGAACAAAAUGGGUUGAUGCGAUUCGGUUUGCCAAACUCUACAAAGGGUGAGUCCAGUAAGAAGGCUGUGGCAGCCGCAGGGGGUACUGGGAAGAAGCAUAAAGGCAAAGGGCCAAAGGAGCUAGGGAAGUUGGAUUUGAAUGUGGAAUUCAGCAAUGAGGUGGAAGAACCCGCCACAGGCGUAAGUGGAGGACAUGGGGAGGAUUACAUUGAGGGAGGUGGGUUCUUUGAGGGCCUUGAUGAAUUUUUGAGUAGUCUGCCAAUACUUAAUGCUGUGGCCGAUGAUAAGGUCAAAGCUAGUUAGUAAGGCUCUUGGAUGUUAUUCUUAACGAAUAUAUAGAUUCUUUAGUAUCCAGGAGAAAGAAUUCUAUUGAAAUCCUUCAGGCCAUGGUCUGGGCGGCUGCAACUGUGUGUAUUGAAAUGCUCAUCUUUUCACUCGAUUUAAGGUUUAAACAUUGAAGUACAUGCUGUAAUCCUCUUGGACAAGUUUCUAAUAUGACGUCAUCAUUUUGCCCCCCCCCAGCUUGGAUGUGUUUACAUCUUGAGAGUUGCCUUUUCUGGAAGUCGUCCUUCCUUUUGAUGAUCAUUGGGAGAUUCGUAAGUAAGAAAUAAAAGACUUUUUCAGGAAAAAGGUGGUGGUGGGAGAGGUGUGAGAUGAGGGUUGGAUUGUUGUAUCUCUUUGAUCCUUUAUUCUCAAAGAGCAUUGUAAUAAUACUCUAUCUUUGAUUUUUGGAAAACUGAAAAGUUUAUGUUGUAAAUCACAAUCUCCAUUGCCAUGGAUAUGAAUGGUAGACUCCUGUUAUCCUCUUCAAGCUUUGUACUCCCUGAUAGUACAAGUUGCUCCUCCAUUGCUAUGUACAUUAGUGGUGGAGUCCUAUUCUCUUUUUGUUUCUUUGUACUUAUUGAUAAUACAAAUUCCUCCAUUGGGACAAAGGAAAAAGGAGAGGACUACCAUAUCAGUCCAUCUAAUCUUGGAGCCAUGAUUGAAGUCUUUAUCUGAAAGGGCCAAAGCAUUUCUCUUGCCCCCUUCUGUUCCCCUUUUCGGUUGCAUUAGAAUACUUAUCAUGACAGUACAUGCGCCAAGGGUUAUAUUAUGUUAUAAUGUUUUGUUAGAUUUACAAAUAACCAUCAUAGUCCUACAACCGAACGAAGCUACACUAUUGCCAUGACAGAAAUUAUUAGGAUUAAGCUUUAAGUUCCACAUGUCUACUGUCACAUUGUAUAAGUCCCUGCACACUGGAAUGCACAUGUUCAUUAUUAUCUACUUAUCCUCACGCCUUUUCAAAUACAUCUUUAUGAUUUUGGUUGCUUAUAAUUAAGAUGUUGAUAUGUUCUUGCCUUGCUCACUAUUCCUAGACAUGAUGAUCGCUUGUUAGUGCAAGUAGAACAUAUUCAUAAGCAUGGCUAAUACUUCUAAACAUUGCUUCUGCAACAUAUUUCAUAUCUUCGAUCUUUGAAGUUUCUCAUGAUUAGCAAAAGAAUAUUUUGGUAUGCACGUGUUUUUGUUUUUUUUUUUAAAUUUUGUUAUGAUGUCCAUUGUCAAAAAUGUUGCUAUAU